AUGUGCUCUGCUGGAAGUGAUGGAUGGACACACGGACACCGGGACAGACAGACGCGGCAUGGACACAGGGACAGAGCCACGGACGCGUCUCCAGCAGGGACAGGCCCAUGGACAGUCCCGCAGAGGGACCCAUGGACAGUGACAGCCCCGGAUGGACACACGGACACACACAGAGCCUGGAUGGACACACGGACAGACGCACAGACAGACACGGCAUGGACACAGGGACAGACACACGGACACACAGACAUAGCCUGGAUGGACACACGGACAGAGCCACAGAGCCCUGGAUGGACACACGGACACACGGACACAUGGACAGACACACACACAGAGCCUGGAUGGACACACGGACACACGGACAGACACACAGACACACACAGAGCCUGGAUGGACACAUGGACACACAGACAGACCCACAGACACACACACAGAGCCUGGAUGGACACACGGACACACGGACACAUGGACAGACACACAGAGCCUAGAUGGACACAUGGACACACGGACAGACACACAGACACACACACAGCCUGGAUGGACACACGGACACACGGACAGACACACGGACACACGGACAGACCCACAGACACACACAGAGCCUGGAUGGACACACGGACAGACACACGGACACACGGACAGACACACGGACACACACAGAGCCCUGGAUGGACACAUGGACAGAUGCACAGACACACAGAGCCCUGGAUGGACACACGGACAGACACACAGACACACACAGAGAGCCUGGAUGGACACACGGACAGACACACAGAGCCCUGGAUGGACACAUGGACAGACACACAGACACACACACAGAGCCUGGAUGGACACACGGACAGAUGCACAGAGCCCUGGAUGGACACACGGACAGACACACUGACACACAGACACACAGAGCCUGGAUGGACACACGGACAGACGCACAGAGCCCUGGAUGGACACACGGACAGACACACGGACACACAGACAUAGCAUGGAUGGACACACGGACAGAGCCACAGAGCCCUGGAUGGACACACGGACAGACACACAGACACACACAGAGAGCCUGGAUGGACACACGGACACACAGACAGACACACAGAGCCUGGAUGGACACACGGACACACAGACAGACACACAGACACACGGACACACAGCCCUGGAUGGACGGACAGACCCACGGACGCACGGACAAUCCCAAGUGUGCCCCCAGCCCCCCAGCCCUGCUCCCCCCAGAGCCCCCCGGGUUUGACCCCGCCCACCGGGACCCCCGCAAGGGGGCGGGGCCUCGAGGGGCGUGGUUCUGCCAGGGCCUGGUUUGUUAUUGGGUGUGGCUUUUGUGGAGGGCGUGGCUUGAUGACAGGCGUGGCUUUGUUAAUGGGCGUGUCUCAUGUGGGGAGGCGUGGCUUGUUAGUGGGCGUGGCUUUAUUAAUAGGCAUGUAUCAUGUGAGGAGGUGUGGUUUGCUAAUGGGCGUGGCUUUGUUAAUGGGCGUGUCUCAUGGGGAGGUGUGGUUUGUUAAUGGGCGUGGCUUUAUUAAUGGGCAUGUCUAAUGUGAGGAGGCAUGGUUAAUGGGCGUGGCUUUAUUAAUGGGCAUGUCUAAUGUGAGGAGGCAUGGUUAAUGGGCGUGGCUUUAUUAAUGGGCAUGUCUCAUGGAGAGGUGUGGUUUGCUAAUGGGCGUGGCUUUGUUAAUGGGCGUGUCUCAUGGGGAGGUGUGGUUUGUUAAUGGGCGUGGCUUUGUUAAUGGGUGUGUCUCAUGGGGAGGUGUGGUUUGCUAAUGGGCGUGGCUUUGUUAAUGGGCGUGUCUCAUGCGGGGAGGCGUGGUUUAUUUACGGGCGUGGCUUUUUGCAGGGGCGUGACUCCCGUCGGGGCGUGGCUUUUGUGGGGGGCGUGCUUUACGGAGUGGGCGUGGCUUACCCUGUGCUGUUCCCCCUCCCUCCACCAGGGGGCGCCGCAAUAAAACCGUUACAUUGUCA